GGGGGGCGAUUCCCGAGGUUGUUUGAAGACAAUUUAAGUAAACACGUACUCGUGCGCGAAUUUGUAACGUUGAUUAAAUGUGUCCUGACAAUAAUGUGAUAAUAACUCUCAUGUAAUGAAAAAAUUAUGUGUCGACUGUGUGCGAUGGCAAGCAGAGUAAUGAUCGGCCAUCAGCAGCAGUUCGUUGAAGAAAUCGAUUAUAAUGAAAUCGAAACGGAGCAGGUAGUUGGUAAGGGAUCCUUUGGAGUUGUUUGGAAAGGAAAAUGGAGAGGACAGGAUGUCGCUGUGAAACAUAUAAAUUCAGAAGGAGAAAGAAAAGCCUUCACUGUGGAAGUUCGGCAGUUGUCUCGAGUCGCUCAUCCCAAUAUUGUUAAAUUGUACGGUGCAUGCACCAAGAAUCCAGUAUGUCUAGUAAUGGAAUAUGCAGAAGGUGGAUCAUUGUAUAACGUACUACAUUGCAAUCCUCAACCACACUAUACUACCGGUCAUGCUAUGAGUUGGACCCUUCAGUGUGCGCAAGGUGUCGCUUAUCUUCAUAAUAUGAAACCAAAACCACUGAUACAUAGAGACCUAAAGCCACCUAAUUUGUUAUUAGUUAUGGGUGGACAGAGGCUUAAAAUCUGUGACUUCGGCACAGCCUGUGACUUAAAUACAUAUAUGACUAAUAAUAAAGGCUCGGCCGCAUGGAUGGCACCAGAAGUAUUUGAAGGAUCUAGGUAUACAGAGAAGUGCGAUGUAUUUAGUUGGGGUAUCAUUUUGUGGGAGGUUUUAACACGCAAAAAACCCUUUGAUGACCUUGGUGCUUCAGCCUAUAGGAUAAUGUGGGCUGUUCAUGUAGGACAGAGACCCCCUUUAAUAGAAGGAUGCCCGAGACCAAUCGAAGAUCUUAUGACUAGAUGUUGGCAGAAAGCGCCUGAAGAAAGACCUUCUAUGGAUGAAGUAGUAAGGAUAAUGACUGAACUAUCAGAAUUUUUCAGUCGCCAUUUAGAACCUGUUGAAUAUUCCUUAAGUAGUGAAGAUGAUGUAGACGAAAACAAAACAUCGAGGGAGGAUACGCUUGAUAUAGUCAGUACAUUAGAUUUUCGAAUGAACGGCUCCGUGGAAAACGGUACUAUUCGUACAAUUCCAAAGCCUAUAGGAAAAACUAACGAAUGCUCGAAUGAAGAGAAUUCAUUGCCUUUUGCAUUACCUCGUACCGCGUCGAUCAGUGACGGGUCGACAAAAUUUUCACCGCGGCAAAAUAAUUUAGGAUUUCAACGAAUACCCGACGAGGUUUCACUAUUGAAUAAUUUUUACGGGAAUGUGGAUAGCAAUUUAGAACACGCUAAAUCAUCACAAAGUGCAACAGCAUCGACGACACACGAUGACAAACUCACUGCAUUGCAAAACAAAAACUGCAAUUUCGCUCCAUUGCACGUGGAGUGUGAUCCGAAUGCUUGGGAUUUGCCGAGUUCUUCUGAUACAUCUUGGGAAAUUCCAAAUAACAUGGCCGGAUUAGACAAAGUGGUUCAAAAGACAAAGAAAAAUAAUCAAAGUAGCAGCACUACGACCGAAGACUUUUGUCGCUUACUUGAUGCCGAUCUGAGACCUCUCACGCCCGACGACACGUGCAAACUCUCGCGAGAGAUCUUCGAGGAGCACAAGCAGAUAGCCGAAGAAUACCUCAAAGUCCAAACGGAGAUAGCGUUAUUAAGCCAACAUAAGAACGAGAUGUUGAAGAAUCUGAGCCUCGAUAGUCUCCGACAGCAGCAGGAGUUACGAAAACUGGAAGAUGAAAAGGAGUCCCUGGUGAAAUUGUGUCGCAACCUAACGCGACAAUUGCAGAUCAUGAAGGAUCAGAGGGGGGCGUUAACGAGUGCCGCUGCUGCGCCGACAAUAGGGCCCGCUGUUUCCGGAAACAACGGUUGGGUAGUGGUACCUCAUCGUCAAGAUCCGUCGAGGCUUUCUUGAGAUGCUGCGACAUGACUAUUUGAGGGUCUUGACAAAAAAGUGUACUUACACUACGUUGCACAAUUCUGACGUCGAAUGCGCAACGCGGAUGGAAUCAUGUUAAGAUUCUAAUUCAAUUUUGUAUGAAUGCAAUUCAGCACCGCGUCGCGUACUACUGAUAAAGUAUGUGAGGAUAUGUGAGUCAGAGUCAUGAUCAGUCAUAACGGAAGAUUAUUUCCGAUUUUAUCGAACUUGCUGUCUACAAUGUACGAUAAUCAUACAACUGAUUUUCGAUUUUUGAACAUAAAAAGCGCGAAUACAGAUAUGCCUUCUGUUAGAUUCUUUUUAUUCACAAUCAUAUCUGCGCAUUCUCGUGAUGUGAGUUUAAUUAAUACAAUAGAAUGAAAUAUCCCAAGCACAUGCAAGUGCUACCAUUGAGAUAUGAAUACUAUUGAGAAUAUUAUAGAAGAUUUUUUUGAUUGCAAAGCCUCGAAGGCAUUAUUAACAAUGAAUUGCAAUCUAGUCCUUUCGAUUCAUAUUUUAGUGAAUCAUUCAUUCGCCUUUUGACAUAUAAAAAAAUGUACAUUGUGUGAGAUAAAAUACGCAGCUUUUAUUAUUUAAACUAUUGUGUAUUCAAUGGAAUUUCUUCAUAUUUAAUGUAAUCGCAAAAAAAGGAAGUAUUUUGAAUAAGACACAAACAAUAACAAAAAAUUUAUUGCACAACUGACGCGAAUCAUUCUUUAAAUUACAUUUAGAAUUUUUUAUAUGUUAUAAGCUAUAUGUAUACAGAGUUUUAAACUCAUCUUGAUACUCGUUAAUGACUCCUGAGACUUUGAAGAUGAAAACUUUCAGUAUCAAAACGUCAAGACUGUAAUAAGUUUUAAAAUAAGAAACGUUUAAAUAUUAAUUAAUAUCCUCAAAUAUGACUCAUUGCAUACUAAAGAUGUGUUUUCGAACAUUCUCAAAAUUGAUAUAAUUCUGUUUAUCUUCAUUACUGCAUAAUAUAUACUGUUAAUUAAUCAUGUGUCCAAAAUACAGUCUUUGUCACUUUUAUCCAAUUACGCUGCAAGGAAUUAAAUAUAUUUUUCUAAUUUCUCGCUUUGCUAAUGUGUUUGUUUAUGUAAAUAAGAAUUUUAUGCAUCCUAACUGUGAGCUUGAUUUCUCUGCAACGACAAGUCUAACAAAAUAAAAACAAUAUUUAAGUCAGUGCAUUAUUAAUCACAUACAUAUAGAAGCAUAAUAUUUUCAUUCAUUUUUAACGUUAUAAAUGCAAGGCAUCAAUAACCGGAAUAAAUUCAUGUGAAAUAUGUACUGAAAAGAUUUUAAACAGAAUGGAGGCAUGAAGCACUCAUCAAAAUUAAGAUAGGUACAGAAGCACGUAUGUCAAUAGCGGUUAUAGUAGACUAUCUUUUCGUAUAAUAAUACUGAAAAUGUGUGUGAUAGAAGUUGUUAACGAUUGGCAGCGGCUAAAACUCGUAACUAACGUUCUCGUUUCUGUUCCUAUAUUAAAAUUGUGUAUAAAAUGUAACUAAGAGAAACUAUCCUCGUGCGUUGCCUCGACAGCGGUCUCGGUAACGAACAAUCAAAUAAUUAUACUCUGCGACAGAUUCUCUCCUGAGAAUCUAUGAUGUGAAAUUGUUGUUCAAGUAUGUAAAAAUGUAAUAUAGAAUUGUAAAUAUAUCUGAAAGCUGCCGUGAGA